AUGUCUGGUACUGCUAAUGGAACCAACGGGACUGCUGGGGAUCAGCCUGCGGCUAAUGUCACGGGUCAACUGGCUGCACUCGCUGCACCAACUUUGCCUAGUAACAUAAGCGCAGCACUUUCGCCUGACAAAUUCGAUGGCACGAAUUUCAAGCAGUGGCAACAGAAGAUGCACUUCUUCCUUACCACGCUGAACCUGGCAAAAUAUCUUGUUGAGACAAAGCCUGAGGUGCCUGCUACUCAAGAGGCAAACCCAGAUCCACGAGUACACAUGACUCUGGAGAACUGGAACCAAGGAGAUUUCCUGUGCAAAGGUUACAUUCAAAGUCGCCUGGUGGAUCAACUGUUCAAUGUGUACAGUGAGGUCAAAACAUCCAAGGAGCUGUGGGAAGCCUUGGAUAAGAAGUACAAGACGUUCAAUGUGGGCUCAGGAAAAUUUGCUGCUGCAAAAUUUCUCAACUUCGUAAUGGUGGACUCAAAACCCAUCAUGGACCAAGUGCAUGACCUGCAGAUGAUACUCCAAGAGAUAUCAGAUGAAGGGAUGAAGAUCUGUGAGACUUUCACAGUGAAUUGCUUCAUUGAGAAGUUACCCCCUGGAUGGGCAGACUUCAAGAACUAUCUUGCCUUCAAGCAAAAGGCAUUGACUUUGGCCAACUUGGUUUCCAGGCUGCAGAAUGAGUCACUGUAUCGCUAUGAUCAUAUCAAGUCAACUGUAACCAAUCUUAUGCGUAAAGUACCCUAUUUUUUCUUCCAACCAAUUCACUCCCCAUCGUAG